CAUGCGAAGCGGGUAGGUUUGACGGCAAUGUGUGUUUUGCUGCAGCAGAGAUGGCAUUUCCGAAGUUGAUAUUGCUUAUUUGUGGAAAAAGAAAAUCGGGAAAGGAUUACAUUACCGAACUUAUUCACUGCAGACUAGAUUCCAGUAUUUGUGUAGUCCUUCGGCUCUCAGGCCCUUUGAAAGAACAGUAUGCAAAGCAGCAUGAACUGGACUAUGACAGACUACUGGAUGCAACCGAGUACAAAGAAAGAUAUCGUGCAGAUAUGAUCCAAUGGGGAGAAGAGAGACGGACUGCUGAUCCUGGAUUCUUUUGUCGUCAGAUAGUCCAAGAUGUAUCUCAGCCAGUAUGGAUUGUCAGUGACGCUAGGCGCAAGAGUGAUAUUGACUGGUUCCGACACCACUAUGAGGAACAGACAGUCAUUGUGCGUGUUGUGGCAUCUGAGAAAACUAGGAGACAAAGGGGAUGGCAGUUCACAGAAGGAGUUGAUGAUUCUCAGUCAGAGUGCGGGUUAGAUGAUGGUGUAAAUUUUGAUUGGGUCAUCACCAAUGAUGGACAAGACCUGGAACUGGAGGCUCAGGUCCUACGUCUUCUGACAUUUAUCCAUGAAAAGCUACUUCAUUGAUUUCUGUACAUGUACAAAGAGAGAUAUUCAUUCAGGCUAUGUAUGGAGCUCUGUCUUGUUAAAUGAUUUAGUCAAUGCUGUUCAGUUUUAUGAGCAUAUGCUUUAGAGACAAAGUGGAAACUCAAUUCAUAGUGGCAGUAUCCUAAAUGAAUGUGCAUGCAAAAUGCUUUCAGACAGGUAUCAUAUGUAUAAUUUAGCAUAAUAACUCUUUCUGAUUCAAGAAACUCUCUAGUGCUAGUGCCUUAUAUAGUGAAGUAAAAUGUUUACAUUUUCUUAUUUACCUAUUAUUGGACAUUUAGGCAUAACUGUAAACCAUGAAAAGAAUUAUGAAACAGUUUUUUCAGUUUCCACUGAGAACAGCAGUAAAUGGCUGUAUUUUUAAGCUCAUGCCAUAUUGUAGUCGUAAUCCAACAAUGUGUCUUACUUCAGCAGUUUUGUCAGCAGAUGGCAGUCUUUCCCAGAAAUGCAUGCUGUUUGAUUUCCAUCUCUCUGUAAGGUUGACUGAAGGACUAUUUAUAGGUCUUUUGUCAGACUGAAGACAAGGAACACAGACUAAUUUCCAAAUGUAAAUAAGCGUCUAAAAAUAAUGGAAAAAAAUGUCAGCAAUGACUGAAUAAACAGUGACUAUCUGAAA